GGGAAGAUUUCUACUAUGGAGAGUUUAAUUGGUUUGGUGAAUCGGAUUCAAAGAGCUUGUACAGCUCUUGGUGAUUAUGGUGGUGGAGAUAAUGCAUUUUCUUCUCUAUGGGAUGCUCUUCCUUCAGUUGCCGUUGUCGGUGGUCAGAGUUCUGGAAAGUCAUCUGUGUUGGAAAGCAUAGUAAGCCGAGAUUUUCUUCCUCGUGGAUCAGGAAUUGUCACAAGGAGACCAUUGGUGUUGCAGCUUCAUAAGACUGAUGACGGACAGCAGGAAUAUGCAGAGUUUGGUCAUAUUCCGAGAAGACGGUUCACAGAUUUUGGCAUGGUCCGCAAGGAGAUUGCGGAUGAAACUGAUCGAAUCACAGGGAAAACUAAGCAGAUUUCUCCUGUUCCGAUCCACCUGAGCAUAUACUCUCCAAAUGUGGUCAACUUAACACUGAUUGAUUUACCUGGUUUAACAAAAGUGGCUGUUGAGGGGCAGUCUGAGACUAUAGUCGAAGACAUUGAGAACAUGGUGCGAACAUAUGUUGGGAAGCCAAACUGCAUCAUUCUAGCUGUUUCUCCUGCCAAUCAGGAUAUCGCCACCUCUGACGCAAUAAAACUUGCAAGAGAAGUGGACCCCACAGGUGAACGGACAUUUGGAGUGUUGACCAAACUAGAUUUGAUGGACAAAGGCACUAAUGCUCUAGAUGUUCUUGAAGGAAGAGCUUAUCGUUUGCAACAUCCCUGGGUUGGUAUUGUGAAUCGUUCACAAGCUGACAUCAAUAAAAAUGUAGACAUGAUUUAUGCAAGAAGAAAGGAGCGUGAAUAUUUUGCUACCAGUCCGGAGUAUGGGCAUCUGGCUAGUAAAAUGGGUUCAGAGUACCUUGCAAAACUACUGUCAAAGCACUUGGAACAAUUUAUUAAGGCAAGAAUACCAAGUAUCACAUCACUUAUCAAUAAAAGCAUAGAUGAACUUGAAUCGGAACUGGACCACCUUGGAAGGCCUAUUGCUGUUGAUGCAGGCGCUCAACUGUAUACUAUUUUGGAACUUUGCCGUGCUUUUGAUAAGAUAUUUAAGGAGCAUCUAGAUGGAGGUCGACCUGGUGGUGAUCGAAUUUAUGGAGUUUUUGACAACCAACUACCUGCUGCUUUGAGAAAACUCCCGUUUGACCGAUAUCUCUCUGUACAAAAUGUGAGGAAAGUUGUUUCAGAGGCAGAUGGUUACCAGCCUCACUUGAUAGCACCUGAGCAAGGUUAUAGACGUCUAAUUGAAGGGGCCUUAAAUUAUUUUAGAGGCCCAGCUGAAGCCUCUGUUGAUGCUGUUCACUUUGUGUUGAAGGAACUAGUGAGGAAAUCUAUUGGAGAAUGUCAGGAAUUGAAGCGGUUUCCUAGUUUGCAAUCUACAAUAGCUGCAGCUUCUAAUGAAGCCUUGGAAAAAUUCCGGGAUGAAGGUAGAAAGACGGUAGUCAGAUUAGUGGACAUGGAAUCUUCUUACGUGACAGUGGAUUUCUUCAGAAAACUACCUCAGGAGAUGGAAAUCCCCAAGGGGGGAAAGCCAGAAGCUGCUGCUGCCGUAGACCGGUAUGGAGAGGCUCACUUUCGUCGGAUAGGUUCAAAUGUAUCAUCAUAUGUAAAUAUGGUGUCUGAUACAUUGAGGAACACACUCCCCAAAGCAGUGGUUUAUUGUCAAGUUAAGGAGGCCAAACAAUCUUUGUUGAACUACUUCUACACUCAGAUUGGGAAGAAAGAGGGCAAGGCACUUUCAGAAUUGUUAGAUGAAGAUCCUGCAUUGAUGGAGAGAAGAAUGCAAUGUGCCAAGAGGCUUGAACUGUACAAGAAAGCAAGAGAUGAGAUUGAUUCUGUAGCGUGGGUACGAUGAUUGCACUUUUAAGAGACACCUUUCUUCUACGAUACAACAAAUUCACGACUUGGGUGAAUCAAUAUCGCUGCUUGUUCGAACAUCCUAAAUUCUUUGAUUGUUGUAGAAAUUAUUGUCAUGGUAUUUGGUUUGGAUGAAUUGUUGCUUUAUUAUGUAUUUGUGAACUGAGUUAAUACCACAUUCAGUCUGCUCCAUUUUUGUAUCCCUUUUACCGCUUAUGGACUUGGAUAAAGAAAAUAUUACUUCAUGAUGUAGAAAUAUGGCGUCUUUA